ACGUCAUUCUCUGGAAACUGCGGACUUCCUCUCUGCUUGUCUGGGUCAUCCUGUCCGCCCGUUGCUGGUCCCAGGCUCGCUCUCUGGCCCCAGCCCUCUCUCACUCUCUCUCUCAGCAGCUGUCUCUCUCGUGACCACUGGCCUUCCUCCGCCUGCCUGGGUGGGCGCCAUGGACCGGAAGCGGCUGAUCACUGACUCCUACCCAGUAGUAAAGAGGCGGGAGAGCCCCACUGGACACAGCAAGGGGAAGCUGGCACCAGAGCUAGAGGAGGAGAGCCAGCCCCUGAGCGUCAAUGAGGUGGAGCUGGAGUUGCUGAGGCAGUUUGACCUGGCCUGGCAGUACGGGCCCUGCACAGGGAUCACAAGGCUGCAGCGCUGGCACCGGGCAGAGCAGAUGGGCUUGGAGCCUCCCCCAGAAGUGCGUCAGGUGCUGCAAACCCACCUCGGAGAUCCCCGCUUCCAGUUCAGCCUCUGGCAUCUCUACCCGCUUUGAGGUACCACCACCUGAGAUCUCCUGCCUGCUCCCCAAGAACCUCAGGACACAAGUGAGAGCCCACUGCUGCCCCUCAGCUCGGCUCUGCUGUGGAGAACGCCUGGCAGGAAGGAGUCUUGCAGGGAAGGAAAGACGCUGAAUCUGGAGGUCUCCCUGCUCAGCCCUCCAUCUAACCAGCAGGCCCCCGGAGCCCCUCGGAGGGCCGAGGAGCCCUUCCUGCCUGGGUGGUGGUCUCUGAGGGCAAGGAUCCGGCCGAGACGAUUCCGAUGCCUGCCGCACGCCUCCCUGACCCAAACACUGUGAUCCUGGGGAUGGGGUAACAAUUUAGGCACAGCCUCAGCUGAGCAGACUCAGGCACAUGCACUCCCUACCUAAGGCGAGGAAUCAGGGCAGAACUGGUGGAGCUCACAGGGCAAGGGGUUCACUAGUGCUUAUCAAUAAAUAACACAGCCCAGAA